AUGGGCCUACCGGUGCAGCGCACCCUCACCGCCAGUGCCUGCGUGUUUAGGUUUGAGAAAGUUCGUAACCAGGCCAACGGUAGAGUCAGGUUGGCUUUGCACGGGACCAAUGGCUUUGCCCCAGAGCUGAUGAAGCGGUGCGUGGCCGCUGGUGUCAGCAAGAUCAAUGUCAACAAGCUCGUCUUAGAUGACUAUUAUGAUCACCUUCGCGCGAAAGUGGGCAAAAUCCCGCACACUCAGCUGAUCGAGGAGGGUAUCCAGAAGGUGACCGAUCUGACCAUAAAGUGGAUGGAAAUCUGCGGGUCGGCCGGCAAGGCAUGA